AUGUCCCUCCAAACCCCCCGCAUCCUCCCCUCCCACCUCCACGCCUUCCACCCCUCCUCCACCGGCCCACGCACCUCGCAUACCGUCCGCAUCCUAGGAACAGUGACUGCUCUGCGCGGCGACACGGCGACCAUGACGUGCGGAAACCACGGCGAUGUGACGCUCAUCUUGAAGCCCGAUUCGCAUUUGCAGAUGGGGAAGUUGGUCGAGAUUAUUGGCAAGGUUGCUGAUUUGGAUAAUGGGAGUGGUGUCGGUAUUAGAGUCCUAGGCAGUACGGAUUGGGGGAGUCCGGCGGAUUGUGACUACAAGAUCUAUGAGCAUGUUGUCAAUGCUACGCAUAAGCUCAAGCCUAUCUUUUAUGAUGAGUGA